AUCGCCUUCACCGAGAUGACGUCAACUGCUAGUUUUAAAGUCUCUCGUCCUCGCGUCAGGUUUUACGUUUUCUUCAUACACGCCAAAAGACAGAGGUUUCGUCCGGAACUUGUGUAAUCAGAACCGAAAGUGAUUCAGAAAGAGCCGGAGCAGUCUCAACAGGGGGAGAAUGGAGACUAAUGAAGAUUCCUCAACCUCACAAAAGCCCGAUAAUGAAUGUCAUCAUCGUGUAUUGAAACGGAUCCAAAAAUCCGGCACAUUGGAGGCAAAACGAAGAAAGGUGAACGUUGAGGAGGAAGGUGUCACAAAGGACGCGGAGGAAAAUGAUGUGAAAGAUGAUCGUGCGAACAAGGAUGAUAUGGGGGAGGAAGACAAGCCGAAUGAUGAUGAGGAAGAUGAGCAGGUAGGUGAAGAAGAAAGUGAAGAGAAAGAUGAGCAGAUAGAUGAGGAAGAAAGUGAGGAGGAAGAGGAGCAGGUAGAUGAGGAAGAGAGUGAGGAGGAAGAGGAGCAGGUAGAUGAGGAAGAGAAUGAGGAGGAAGAGGAGCAGGUAGAUGAGGAAGAAAGUGAGGAGGAAGAGGAGCAGGUAGAUGAGGAAGAGAAUGAGGAGGAAGAAGAGCAGGUAGAGGAGGAAGAAAGUGAGGAGGAUGAGGAGCAGGUAGAGGAGGAAGAAAGUGAGGAGGAAGAGGAGCAGGUAGAUGAGGAAGAAAGUGAGGAGGAAGAUGAGCAGGUAGAUGAGGAAGGAUGUAUGAUGGAACAGGAAGGUAUUGACAAGGGGCAGGGGGAGGAGCAUAAGAAAGAGAAGCGGGAUAAUGUAAACAAGUGGGAAUCCCUGCAUCACGAAGGCCCAUUAUUUGCUCCCAAGUAUGAAAAACUGCCGGAAAAUAUCAAGCUUAUAUAUGAUGGUAAACCAGAGGAGUUAUCCCUUCCAGCAGAGGAGGUCGCUACCUUCUAUGCAAAGAUACUGGAUGAUGAUUGCACUAAGGAUGACACAUUUAACCAAAACUUCUUCACAGAUUGGAGGAAAGUCAUGACAGAUGAAGAGCAGAAAAUCAUCACGAACUUGAAAAAGUGCAGUUUCAAAGCGAUCCAUAAACACUUUUUGCAGAUGAACAAGGAGAAGAAGAAUAUGUCAAAUGAAGAGAAGCAGAAAUUGAAGGAACAGAAAGAGGAUGAAAUGGAGAAGUAUGGCUUCUGUCUCAUAGAUGAUGAACGGGAACGUAUAGGAAAUUUCAAGAUAGAACCAGCAGGCCUGUUUCGUGGCCGAGGGGAGAACCCUAAGCGAGGGAAACUUAAGGUCCGCAUCACGCCGGAAGAUGUGAUAAUCAAUUGCAGCAAGGACUCCAAGAUCCCAGAGCCACCACCAAGUCACGAAUGGGAGAAAGUCGUCCAAAACCAGAAGGUUACCUGGUUGGCCCGCUGGACUGACAAAAUCACUAGGUGUCCCAAGUAUGUCAAGCUUAGUCCUUCAUCUAACCUGAUGAUGGAGAAAGAUCGUCAGAAGUUUGACACUGCCCGAAGGCUUCACAAAAGCAUCGAUACGAUUCGGGAAAAUUACUGGAAGGACAUGGAGAGCGAGGAAGUACAGGUUCGACAGAGGGGGGUGGCGAUAUACCUCAUCGACCAACUGGCUCUCCGAGUGGGGAAUGAAAAAACUCAGAAGAAACGGCUGAUACUGUUGGCUGCUGCACUCUACGUUGCUUCGAUUCCCUAUCGGAAUGAGGUCUAUGUUGACAAGAGAGUCUUUCAGAACAUGCAGAACUUCAUGAAUGGGAAAAAGAUUGGAGAUAAGUUAUUCGAUCAACUCAGCGCGGUCGGACUGAACGACCAUUUGAAGAGCCUGAUGGAAGGACUGACUGCCAAGGUAUUCCGAACGUAUAGAGCGUCUCAAACGCUACAAGAAAAGCUGGACGAACUGACUGACCCUAAUGCCCCGGUAGAAGAGAAAUUCCGUACCCACUUGAAAGCGACUCAGGCCGUGGCAAACCUUUGUAACCAUCAGCGUUCCAACCCGAAAAUCGAUCCUAAGUCGAUCAAAUCCCUAGAAAAGAAUGUUCAAGAAGUAAAGAGAGCUGUGCAGGCAGCUAAGAAUGACCUGCAGUCUGACAAAAAAACCUACAAUGAGUCUAAGGACAUGAAGAACAAGGUGGAGAAGAAAAAGAAGGUUCUUCUGUGGCUGAAGGAAAAGCUCUCGAUACUCAAAAUCAAGAGAACUCUCGCUAAGGAAGGAAAGGAAAGAGCCCCGGAAGUAUCCAAAUUAUACUACUUGGAUCCAAGAAUUACCGUUGCUUGGAGCAAGAAACACAGUGUCCCCAUCGAUGUGAUAUUCACCAUGUCGCAAAAAGAAAAAUUUCAUUGGGCUAUUUCUGGGGUCGGACCUAAUUUCCGCUUCGAUGAACUUGACUAG